AUGGACUUACCACCUGGGGAUGACCAUACCUUAUUUAUUAGAAGAGUUGAUGGUAGAGUAACAAUGUUGAUAGUAUAUGUUGAUGACAUUGUUGUGACAAGUGAUGAUAUCACAGGUAUCUCUCAGUUAAAGUCAUUCAUUGCUUCUGAAUUUGAGAUCAAGGACUUUGACUUCYYGAAAGGAUGCCCUAGCAAAGGGAUGUAUUCCAACAACGAAGAUCUAAAGAUUGAGGCUUAUACAAAUGCUGAUUGGGUAGGGUCCAUCAAUGAUAGAAGAUCUACAUCUGAUUAUUGUGCCUCAGUUGGAGGCAAUGUGGUUUCUUGGAGAAAUGAGAAACAAUCAAUGGUUGCUCGUUCUAGUGCUGAGGCAGAGUACAAGGCAAUAACUCAUGGAGUGUUUGAACUACUCUACUUGAAGACCUUAUUGACUGAGAUGGGCAUCCAAGCAGAUGUUCCA